AUGAGUUUUACAACAUUAUUAUUCUUUCUUCUUUUCCUAAAUUCGUUCGAUGGUAUACCACAACUGAAUCUUUACUAUACGGAUUACGACAGUGAAGAAAAUUCAAUCUCGAGCAAUUGUUUACGUUUGAUCGAAAACAGUGCUGAUCCCCCUUUUCGUGGCCUCUCAACAUUUUGUUUGAGUGAAUUACCACCAAAUUUGACGAUUGAUAACGCUAAUCUUUCUUCAACUUUCACAUUUGCCAAACUUUAUCAACACAACGUCACAAGUUUGCAAUUGUAUAUCUGGUCAACUCCGAUCGACAUUAUCGAACGAUAUCAGUCAUAUGUGGAUGAGCUAUCCUUGGCAAACAAUGAUCAAGCUUUAGCGAAUGAAGUUUUUUAUAAUUGUACAUGGCCACGGUUCGGUCCGAAAUGUCAGUACCAGUUGGAAGUUGAAAGUUCAGGAUAUCCAUCGUUUACUCAUUUGGUUCAAGCAUUUUAUGAAGCACAUAAAUAUACUCCGACUACACUAACUUGUUAUGUUCAUCUGAAUUGUGACCGUGGACCGCAUCCUGUUUGCUUAGAUUGGACUGAAAUAUGUGAUGGCGUACUGAAUUGUCUCAAUGGUGACUUUGAUGAAGAAAAUUGUUGGCAACUUGAUUUAAAUAAAUGUAAUGAAGAUGAAUUUCAAUGCCAGAAUGGACACUGUAUACCGAAAAUAUUCCGUGCCGAUAAAGUUACACAUGAUUUCGAAUGUAGUGACGGUAGUGAUGCAAGAAAAUCGAACGCUGGAAAUGAUCUAUGCGGCUUCAUUUCUAUGUCAUUCAAAUGUGAAGAUUUGGUAUGCAAAAAAAAUGAGUACACUAGUUCUUGUUAUGAGAAACGAAAAUAUUUGUUAAUACAAGCCCUGUUUGUUAAUCAAGACAGUUCGGUCUCGAAUGAAUGUUUUUCUGCAAUCAAAUGUUUUGUUCAUAUUUAUGAAAAUACCGAUCUGGCUUGCAAUAAGGUUUGUGAUCACAGAACGUGUAUGAAUAUUAUUAAAAAUGAAUGUCCUGAAACGCUGUUUCUCCCGUCAAUUCCAUUGUUGUUUACCCAUAUUUAUAUUGUCUAUCAUAAAAAUCUUUCGGAGAUCUUCGGCGGAAAGAAUGAUUUAGCGUUUUUUAUGUGUUACAAUGCUUUUUACCAUGACGUGUAUCACUUUAAUGAGCAGAAGAUAAUGAUUGGUAAUUUAACAUGUUCGACACAUCUCCUUAAACUUUGGUUUUUCCUUCCAAGAAAACAUUUUAUCGUUUACAUGGAUUUAUCCAGUAUAUAUAUAAAUCUUCGAGAGUAUCAUCAAAUAUUUCUCUAUAAUUCGACAUUUUGCAAUCAAUCAAAUAACCAGCUAUGUGUUCCACCAGUCAAAGGUAUGUAUCUUCACAUUUGCAAUGUUAGCAAGAGUAUGCUUUAUUGUCCUCGCUUAGAUAACGGCGUGUUAGUUUCACCCGAUGUUAUUGAUCCAUUUGGUAGUAUUACAUUCAAUCAAUACGAGGAAAAUAUACAAUUGCUAAAUUAUCUAAGAAAAAAUAUUUCAUUUCUAACAACUUGUAAUGGUUUCACCGAAUUAUUACCAAUAACUAUUUUUGGGAAGAAUCAUACCGAUGAAACUGAUUGUGAAUAUUGGGAAUGUAACAGUAUAUAUACACACUGUAAUGACUAUUGGAAUUGUCCAAAUGGUGCAGACGAACUGCAUUGUAAUCGUUCAAGAUUAAUGAAUUGCCCACGAAAUCACCAUCUAUGCAUUUCAAUGGAUGAUUACAAGCCAAUGUGUCUACCCAUCGAAAAAGCGAAUGAUGGUGUUGUCCAUUGCUUUGGUGGAACUGAUGAGCAACAUUUAUGCCGAAAAGAUUAUGAAGUUGAAUUUCCGGAUAAUUUCUAUUGUAUGGGAACGAACGCGAGUUGUGUCAGUAGUGAAAAAUGGUGUAAUGGGAAAAUCGAUUGUUUGCAUGGAGAUGACGAAAAAUUUUGUGUGGUCGUUUCGGAAGAGGGCGAAUCCUCUGAUCAUUGUGCUGAUAUAGUUCUGUCUUCAUCACAACGAAAUGAGAUAGAUAAAGUCUUAUGCCCGUACUUACAAAGUCGAAGACUACUUAGCUUGACAUAUUUCUCUCUAAUCGAAAAGAAAAAACCGCUUGUCAGAUCGAGACGGCAGAGUCAGUUAAUAUCCUAUUCGAGUGAAUACCAAGGUCGUUGUCAUCAUGGUCUGGAAAUACGUGUUUGGUUGAAUGGCAAUGCCUCGAUACCGGCGUGUCUCUGCCCGCCGAAUUUCUAUGGAAACGCAUGCCAAUAUCAAAAUCAACGUUUGAUUUUCAUUGCUCGAUUUCGCGAGUCAUCAAACUCUCGGCAGAUACCCUUUGUCAUAGUGGUUUCUCUUAUUGACAAUACUUAUCAGCGGAUUGUUCAUUCGUACGAACAAAUCAAUUAUCUACCGGUGCGAGAUUGUCAAAGAAAAUAUCGUCUCUAUUUACUGUAUUCUACUCGACCAAAGAAUCAAACAAGAGGCUAUUCAAUACAUGUGGAUAUCUUUGAAAGACUCUCUUUUGCUUAUCGAGGAAGUUUCUUAUUCCCGAUAAAAUUUCCGUUUUUACCCGUUCAUUACGUACCAGUCGUUAUUGAUAUUCCUCGAAGUGAAGCCAAUAUUGAUUACUGCUCGAAACACGCAUGUCGUCAUGGCCAAUGUGUCAAGUACAUGAAUAGCGAAGAAAACUUCGGCUUUUGUAAAUGUGAGAAAGGAUGGACAGGAUCGGAUUGUACGAUUAAAUAUAACUGUUCAUGUGCGGAAGAUUCAAUAUGCAUUGGCAUAAGCGCUGCUAAUCGGUCACUAUGUGUUUGUCCUUUACCGAAAUUCGGUUCGCGAUGUCUUCUUACAAGUACUAUUUGCCAAUCUUCGCCAUGUGAAAACAAUGGGACAUGUAUUCCCAGUGAUGAGUACAGCGAACUGCCGUCUACAUUCAAAUGCAUAUGUUCGAAAGGUUACUCUGGCAAUCGAUGUCAAAACCAAGAUAAAAAGAUAAUUCUUUCGUUUGACAAGGGAAUUUCUUUAUCUCGAGACUUAAUUAUUCAUUUUGUCUAUGUUGACCUUUACACUACUCAUUCGAGAGCAAGUACUUAUGCCAUAACUCCAGUAAACGAGGCAUCAUUGACGAUAUACUGGUCAAGAGUAUAUCAUAUCGCGUUUAUUGAACUUCAUAUAAACCAAUAUUAUCUUGUUUCCAUGGACAAAAGUUUCCAAUUGUAUAUACCUACAACAGAACACAUCAAACCAUCCAAUCGCUGUUUUCAUAUCAACGAACUGUUCAAUAAAACAUUACGUCAAUUACCUUACAUUCAUCAAAUCAAGUAUUCUCAUUUACAUUGUCAAGAUCAUUCAUUGAAUCUUUCAUGUUUUUACGAUGAUAUUCACAUGUGUUUAUGCUAUACAUACAAUCAAAAACGUUUGGCCAAUUGUUUCGAAUUUCAACAUAAUAUGACAUACGACUGUUCGGGAAGUAGUGAAUGUCAAAACGGUGCUCGUUGCUUUCAAGAUCACCCCGAUUGUCCCAUGCGUUCGCGAUGUGUUUGUCAAUUAUGCUAUUAUGGAGGAUUAUGCCAAUUUCGCACGAGUGGAUUCGGUCUAUCACUUGAUGCUAUUCUCGGUUAUCACAUUCGACCAGAUACUCCUUUGACACAUCAAUCAAUCAUUUUCAAAUUCAGUCUCGUAUUAUCGCUAAUAUGCGCAACAAUUAUUCUCAUCAAUAGCUUACUUUCAAUCCUCACGUUUAGAUGCAAUAUUAUCCAAGAAGUUGGCUGUGGAAUUUAUCUUUUCGCGUCAUCUAUAAUAACGUUAUUUAUCAUGAUUGUCUUUACGCUGAAAUUCUUGACAUUAACCCUUUCGCAAAUGGAUAUUCUAUCCAAUAAAUUAUUUCUAUUGAUUCAAUGUCAUUCGGUUGACUUUCUUUUACGUGUUCUCAUCAACUCUGAGCAAUGGUUCAACGCAUGCGUCGCCAUCGAACGAGCUGUUACAUCUAUAAAAGGUCCAUCGUUUAACAAGAUCAAAAGUCGACAAAUUGCUAAACAUAUGAUCGUCAUUGUUUUGAUUAUCAAUAUAGGCACAGUGGUACACGAUGCUUUUUUUCGCGAACUCAUUGAAGAAGAAAACGAAGAUAACGAUCACACACGAGUGUGGUGUAUUGCAAAAUAUUCUCGUGCAUUGCAAACGUUCAACUCCGCAAUGUAUAUUUUCCAUUUCUUCGGUCCAUUUAUCAUCAAUCUGAUCUCAACGAUUAUCUUAAUAACACAAAAAACCUACCAACAAGCGAAAGUACACGCUCACCGAAGUUUUCGCAAACUUCUGAUCAAACAAAUUCGUGAACACAAACAUCUGCUGACUGCUCCGCUGUUAUUAGUGAUUCUCGCAAUACCUCGUGUGAUCAUCUCUUUCGUAACAAAAUGUAUGGAAUCAGUCAGCGACUCGUGGGUAUUUUUAAUUGGACAUUUAAUCGCACUGAUUCCGCCGAUGUUGACAUUCUCCAUCUUUGUGCUACCAUCGACAUUCUACAAAAAGCAAUUCAAGAAAGUCAUUUUUGAAUAUCGAAAAAAACUACUACGAUGUUUUCAUGUCUAA